AUGGACAAGUCCCGCUUAAGUAGAAAAAGAAAAAGAGAAAAUAAUAACCAAGAGGAAAACAGGCCCAAAAAGAAAAGCAAAAAGGUCUGCCUCAGGUGCAGGAAGAAGGGCCACCUGCUGCACGAGUGCCGCGAAGCAGCAGCAGCAGCAGCAGCAGCAGCAGCAGCAGACGGUGACGCAGCAGCUUCCUCUGGCAUAUGUUUUAACUGCGGAAGCAAAGAGCACACUUUAAAGAACUGCAAGCAGCCUCGAAAUAAGGACGGGUCGCUGCCCUUUGCGUUGUGUUUCAUCUGCAACGGGAAAGGCCACAUUUCGUCUCAGUGCCCAGAGUCGAAGACGG